AUGUCUGGGGCGGAGGUGAUGGCCGUCGUGGCUUGUGUGGCAGCAGUCGUCUCCGCCUACCACGACGGCAGCAAGAUGGUCAGCACCAUCAAAAAGAAAUGGCAGAACCGCAAGCGCCGCCUCAGCGAGCUGGAACACUCCCUCGACCGUGGCGAGCGAGAAGUCCAGAACCACUACAACCUCAACGCCGCCCACUUCGGGAUCCGAUACCAACAAGGCGAUGAAACGGCUCGUGAGCAGAUGAAGGAUGUCAUUAUCCAUCUGCAGGGCGUGCUGCUGACCCAUCUGGGCGAUGCGGUCAAGCGAAAUAUCGCGAUCGAUAUUGCUUUCUUGCAGGAUACCUCCGAUGACAGUCGGAUUCGGACCAUUCAGAUACUCCGCGACCUGUACCAACGACUGGCUCAGGCAGCCCCCAUCCCGAUACCGAUGAAUCCCGUGCAGGAUCAGCCUUAUCGCCUCGCACGUUCUCUGGACACAUCGUGGCCCCGGGGGGAAACGUGGGGUCCCCGGACUAGCGACGAGGAUAUAGUCCCAGAGGGAAAUAUGCACGGCUCAGCAUCGCGCCGCAAGAGAGCGUCGUUUUCUUCCGGGAUCAGCGGAAUCUUCGGCUCUCGUUUGCAGAGGCGCGAUCCUCAACCUUUAUUGCCGGCCUUGCAGUCUUUCGCGGAGUUCCCAGCCCAUACGGCGAAUCCGGCGACCGUCUCGUUGGUCGAUGAUCCCACACCUGACUCGGAUCAAGAUCCUACAGAUGUCCCACCGACAUCCCUGUCGGUGGACCAGGAGAUUAUUGAUGUAGAGCUCGGAUUCAACCCAUGGGACGACGGGACGGUCUCUCGGCGUCCGAUGCUAACUCUCGAUGCAAGCCCCCCGCCCUCCGCGCUGCCCAGCGACUCGGCCAACUCGAAUCCUUCCUCUCCUAGCAGUGCGAGCCCGCCCGGUGAGUACCUAUGGCUCCCCCAUGCGGACAAUCAAUAUGCCGGGUUCUGCAAGGGCGCGUGGAAGCUUCACUCGGGACUUCGAAAAGCCUUCCGAGUGCACAAGGAACCCGGCACCGGGUUUUAUACGCAGAUGUCGUGGCUGCGCUGCUCCAAGUGCUACUAUGAGGCGCCAGUAGCCCCUGGGAGCAGUACCCACGCUCCCCGCUUCCACGAUGCGCUGCGUUGCCACCAGUUGACUGGCAUCCGCUAUCGCGUGGUGUUUCUGGCCAAAUGGCAUGUCAGCUGCAAGCGCAAUGCGUCUCUCGAUGUGCCGAACGGCACCUGGGGGACAUUUGGUUGCAUCUUCUGCAGCGUGGCGCAUAAAAUGCCCGCGCCGACAUUCGGAUCCUUGGAUGUUUUCCUGGCACACUUGGCGGCCGAGCACCGGGACCUCGAUGCUGGUCGAACGGCGCUGCUAGAUCGUACGCGCUGUAUCGUUGGGCGGGUGGCGACGGCCAGGGAGGACUUUGACAUCAACAUCCCGCCUUUGUAA